GUGCUAAGUAGGUUAUUUUAUAGCAGAUAUCGAACGGUCUAAAAAUAACCCGUAGAAAUUGUACGAGACAAUUAAUCUGCCGAAAAACUGUGUUCCUUUUAAAAUUAACUAAAUGCUAAUUUAUUUGUAAUAAUAUAUAUAAAUAUUUUUUAUAAUUCAUUUUUAAGCUGUUGUUUAGUAUACUUUGAAGUAGGUAAUUAUAUUUAGUCUUCAAAUAUAAACGUAAAAUGUAUGUUGAUAUACCAUUGGCAUUGUCUAUUCAUUUCGUAAGGUUAAGUGCUUUGUAGCAGCAUAGUAACAUCACCGCGCAUCGAGCGCAGACGCUACAUUAUUGGUCCAAGUGCGCCGCCUCGGUGUUUGUAUGACUGCUGUGCGCAUGCGCCCUGCGAUCUUCCGACGGACGCGACAGUGGCGCCGCAUACUAUAUCCAUGCAAGUCCGCUAGCUUUGCUGGUAUUAGCCGCCCUAUCAAAUAUACACUCCAGCCGUGCAUUGGUUGUUGGACUGAAAUGUGUAUACUGUUAGCUUAGAAAUAAAUUAUACAGUUCGGUUUACCAUUAGUUGCCAGCAUUUUAUUUAUAUACCAGUCCUCACAGCCUGAUAUCACAAAUCCACGGGUCAAAUCAUUUUGUUGGGCGAAUUUUAAAUUAUUUAUAAUGAGAGUGGGUUUCGUGGUCUCCCUUUGUUUGUGGGUCUGUACUAGAAGUGCUCGUGCCGCAAACUCGCAGGAGUCGCAGACAAACUACAGAAUUUCUAUGGUAUCUUCGCCGGAGAAUCCUACAAACCCCGCCAUCUUCGUGCACGCGGAGAGCCCUGUGUGGGAUCCGGAACAACAAAGUCUAUUAUUUGUUGACGUGUCUAAACAAAACGUGCAUCGUCUUGAUUACACUACUGGCAAGAUUUAUACCAAACAUAUAGGAUAUGGCAAGGUAAACAUGGUGUCUCUUGUUUCGGGGACUCGCCGGUUACUAGUAGCGGUGCGGUCAGCUUUAUAUCUACUCGAUUUGGAAGUCGCCGGCGAUAGUGCCAUACGCCUGAUAACAACUGUUGAUCGUGGGCUACCAGACAACGUUAUAAACGAAGGAAAACCUGAUGCAAUAGGCAGAAUCUGGGCAGGAACAAAAGGUCCUCAAACUGGGGAUGACGUCGUUCCCGAUAAAGCUGCAUUCUACAGUCUAGAACAAGAAGGCAUCAUUUACCCUCGAGUGCAGUUGAAACCGGUGUCCAUAUCGAAUGGCCUAACGUGGUCACUUAACAAUACUGUUAUGUACUACAUAGACUCGCCGACACAGAAGAUCGAGGCGUUCGACUUCGACUUGCAAAAGGGAGAAUUAAGCGCGAGAAGGACGAUUUUGGACAUCUCUAACUACGGCUACGAAGAUGCCAUACCAGACGGUAUGACAAUUGAUAGUCGAGGUCAUUUGUGGGUGGCACUUAUGUUCGGUGGAGCUGUUUUGCAUAUAAAUCCAGAUUCUAGACAAUUACUGUACGGGUACAAGCUUCCUGUGUCUCGCGUCACAUCGGUGUGCUGGGGAGGGCCGAACCUCGACGAAUUAUUUGUCACCACAUCACGUGACAAUGUUGAUGCCAAGCUGGAACCGCUGGGAGGCGCCAUCUUUACUAUUCGAGACACCGGCAGCCGAGGAGUCGCACCUAACACCUUCCGAUUUGAUAAUGCGGACUACUAUUAACCUUGUAGUAAACCCUCCCUCCAGAAAAUACCUGCCUACGUACAUGAUAUUUUAGUCUAACCUCAGCUAAGUUUUGUUGUUAACUCUACAUUUUCUAGUUUAUUUAUGUACAGUCAGCUAAAUAAGUAGUAAAACUUUAAAUCGCUUAUACACGCUCACACAUGUUUAAUUGAUACAUUAUUUUUUAUUAAUUUGAAGUUAAGUAGGUAAAUCUACUUUACAUUUUGUAAAAAAUAUUAUGUUUGUAAGAACACCAAAGUGUAAUGGCAUUUAAGGUUUUGAACUUGUUUAUACCUUUAUAAUUGAUUGAAUUUGAAAUUGGAUUAAAUAUUCUGUUAUUGUGAUUUUAUAUAAUUCCACUAUUAACUCCCAAUUAUCCACAAAAAAAAAUAGGAUUCUUUCUGUACCUUCAUAGGCAAUAAAAUGUGUUUAUUCAUU